AUCCAUCAGCCUCAACACGGAGCACAAACACCUUUGCUCAGAUCUGAAAAGUUCUUGACCGCAGCCAUGAUGACUGAGAAUGUUUUGUUUGGAUUUUGGUUCUAUCUGCCGGCUGUCUUUUUCCUGGUCGGGCCUGGUCUGGCUCAGGACUUUGAUCCAGCGCAGUGCCUCGCCUCCUCGAACUACAAUCUGAUGAGGAUGCCAACGAGUAUGGAUUGGAAAAGCUGCCAGCAGGAUUGUGUAGCAGACCCAGGCUGCCACAUGGCCGUGAUGUCCACUCCAUUGGACGGCUCAACUGAGUGUCUGCUGGUCAACUGUCUCAACCAGGGCCGACUCUCAACGCCCCGAGAUCCGAGCGCGAGCAUCCGUGUUUACCCCAAGAGCACCAUAGACAAAGAAACAAGGAAGUAUACAGACGAGAAAUAUCUUUGCUAUCGGCCCAUGGAUCAUGGUCAAAGACCUCCACUUCGCUUCACUUACCCCCGCCCCAUCACCCCAGAAGAAAUCCUCGAUCACAACUUCUUCUUCUACAACGUGUCGAGUUGGAGGUGUGAGGGGUUCCACUUCAGAGGCAGUGUGUCUAACGGGAACAUAUUCCGCACAGUGGAGCAGUGUCAAGAUCUCUGUGGGGAUGUUAAAGCAACUACAAAGAGUCAACCUGCUGUGGAUCCAGGAAGUGAUACGGACUGCACUUGAGAGGAAGCACUGAGCAGUUUGGAGAACAACAAAGAAGGACUCCUGUAACUGGAAGUGUGCUCACGUUUUAUUCACAGUGUGUCGACGGUCUCUCUGCUGUUCUCUUUGGGGUUGUUUGUUGUUUGUUUGCCACUUCAAUGUUCAUUCAUUCAUUCUUCAGCUCAACUGUACGGCACAGUAACAUGUCUGAUAUUACAAUAAAAUAUCUCAUUAAA